AUGCUCUCUGUGGACGACGGCGAGAACGGGUCUGCGCUGUAUUCCACGCCUAUCACAAAAGUCGAUUUGAAUGGAUCUAGAAACGAACAGCUCCUAGUAACGAGUUUAGAUAAUCAACGUGUUCGCCUAUAUACUUGGACACUAUUCCACAGUAGCAACACUCAGAAUGGGCUAGUGACGGGCAAUUACCAGAUUUGUUUGGGCAAAGGCCGGGAAUUUAUCCGGUAAAUUGGAUGCAUUUAUUUUCAAUGUAAUACACAUACAUUAGGUAUACUGCCACAAGUUGUACAUGAAAACUUUUUUUAUUUUUUAUGUGUGUAGAACUACUUACUUAAAUUAUGUUGAAUAGAAUACUUGAUAAAUGAACACGGCGUAACAAUUAGUUUUCACUUUAUAAUUGAAUAUUAAACUAGUCUCAUUUAAAAUUUUAAUAUUAAAACAUAACUUUUGUACUUUACUUUAUAAUUUGAAUAUUACAAUUUAACCAAUUAAUGGACACAUUUUUUUUGCUUUUAGACAUAAAUUGUAUAGAUAUCUAGGUAUUUGAUAAAUGAACAGAUAAAAAAAAAAAAAAAAUGUUCACCCGAAUUGUUGGAAGACGUAAUAUACGUGUGGAUGAAUACCCGGGUAAAUACCCAUAACAUUUACCUAACCUUUGGAUAUUUACCCAAGGCACAUCGUUAGUUUGGACCGCGAUGUUGACGGGAAACCACCGCAUUUAUCUUCCCGAAACUGAAUAUCAAAUUAUAGGUAUGCUAAGCUAUAGGUAACCUAAUCAAUAUAAUAUAUAUCAAUUCACCAAUUUAAAAAAAAAAAAAAAAAAAAAAAAAAAACUUUUUAAAAUAAUAGAUUAUAUUACAGACAAAUAGCCCAUAAACUCUAAUUUUAGUUAUCUCCUAUUGGUUAUCAUGCAGAAUACAAUGUUUCAUAGGUACCACAUCUGCUUUUGUUUACUAUUAAUUUCGUUGAUGAUAUUGCGAAUACGUGUAUACGGUAACUAAUGAAUAUUAACUGCUGUAUGUUUUUAUAGACAGUAAGUCGUAAAGUUUCUAAUGUUUCGUUUUCGAAAUUUAUUUUCACUUUUUGUUUGAAAAGAAAAUCGUUAUCUAUGAUAAAUGCACAAGAUAUAGAUUUUUUACUGCAUAAGUUAAUAAUUUGAAUGUUUGAGAAUUGAUGGUAACAUUUACUACAGUUGAGCCGAGUACAGUUAGAGGUCCAUUGUUUGCCCCUGUGAAUACUAUUGGUGUCUUUUUCUAUGUGUUUAUUAGGGACAAAAGUGUGUGCCUAAUGCAACAAAUGUUAGCACCAGUGUCAACGGUUAAUAAUAUGUUUGCGUUAUCUAAGUACGCGUAGAUGUGUAGUGAUUCUGUUAAUGUAUUUAUUCCACGACUUAUUAUGUAAUUAUCUAUUUUUCUAUUUGUUUUAGACAGCAAAGAAGGGGGACGGCUUUUGUCAAUGCGACCGUUUAACAUAGUUAUUCGUUUUUUUUUUGUUUUGGUUAAAAUAUUGUUUACAUUCACGGGCAAUGUGUCCUAUCCCACUGCAUAAUUGACAUAUCGGUGGAUUUUCAGGGAAACGACAAGUUGUGCGUCACUAUUGUGUGAUUGUGUAGUUUACGGUUUUUGGCAUUGAAUACUUGGCGUUUGAAAUUUAAAAUUAUUUUGUUUAAAUAGCUUUUAUUGUGGAGGAGAAUUGUACUAUUUUGUGUUAAAUCUAAAUUGAUUUACAAACUGAUAAAAUAAAGCGGUGUCCACAAAUAAUACAACGUACUGUAGAUAGUACUAAUGUUAUAUACUAUUAUAUUGUGAUAUAACUAGUUGGCCAAUAUUAAAAUUAUGAUAUAUACCGUAUUGUAUGUAUCAUUACGAAACUAUAUAAAAGAAACCGUUCGAGGACUUUUCGGAUAUUUGAAAAACCCUGCAACCCUGUUGCGCGGAUUGGUUGGUAUUUAUUCGCAUCAACUAAAAUCGACUGCAAUUUUUUUUCAGCUCGCACCAAUGAUAAGCGUCUGGAAAAGAAUUUCGCAAAACAAGUCGUUAAAAAUUUAUUUUAUUGCUCACGAACAAGUAACAGUUACGAAAUAUUUUAUUUUAUGAUUGAAACUUAAUUCAUAACUAUUGUUAUGAAUUACGCCAGUGGCGUAAUUACAGUAUCCUUUUGCAGGGAAACGAUGACCCGGAUAAAAACAAACCCGAUGCGUCAUUGGAACUCUGCUCCCUUUUUAUUCGUUAUCUUAAAUUUAUGCGAGGUCCUGGAAACAUAUGGAUCGUGUUUUUUUUUUUUUUUACCUAAUUCAUGACGUUAUACGAUUUGUUUAUUGCAUAGAUUUUAAAAACAUGUUUUUUUUUUAAAAAAAAAAGCGCUUUUUUGGUUAUACGACCCGGAUCACCUCCCUUCCCUCGUAAAUACGUCACUAUCCUUAAACCUGGAUACAUAAUUAUUAUUAAUAAGAUAUAUGCAGUACGCAUGGCCAUUUUUUGUUUGAACUAAUUGUACUCAUCACUCGGCGGGUUUCAGAAAUGAAAUAUGAUAUUACAAACUAUCACGAAUAAAAACUAAAAAGUUAGCAUUUUAAAUUGUAAAAUUAAUAAAUUAAAAUUCCGUUUGACAUUAUGUGAAAAUUACGUUAUACAUGAAAUGAAGGUUGCAAUACUAUGUGUUCUGAAAUGUUAACACAAUACUAACACUUGUUACUUGUUUAAUAUAUUAUAGAUUUAUAGUGAAAAUAUAAGAACAAGAAACCAAUAUAACAUGUGUAGGGUUCAAGUAUAAAAAAAAAAAUAAAUAAAUAGUCAAGGUAGCCAAUUGUGUACUGUACAAGUAUUCCGUAUAAUUGAAAGAUACUAACUAGUAGAAAAAUAAAAUGUUCGGUUGAAAACCGAUUUUAAAAUGUAUUUGUACUUUAAUAAACGUUAAAUAUUCUCGAGUUGCAGUAGCUGCGAAUACGCUAAAACAUACCUACGCUGUUAUACGUGAAUAGGUAGGUGUACAGAUGUAUACAUUGUGCAUUAUAUUAUUAAAAACAUAUUAUCUAUACGUUUGAACGUUUUUAUCAUUUUGUCGAUGUGUCGUGUGCAAAACGUGACGGAACUAUAAAAACCUUAUGCCUCGUUCCAUUGGCGCAGUGGUUCUCGUAUGCGUAAGUACCCUAAAAUGUGCCCCGAGUGACAUUAUAAAUAGUAUGAAUAGUUUAGGCGCCACUUGUAACACAUAUAUUUUCGAUUGAAAUCCAAAUUGAAUUAAAAUCAAAAUCACUCUCGGUGACUUUUUGCGCGUCAGCGACGAUUUGAGAAAAUAAUAUGCUAAUAUUAUGAUUUAUACUGGCAGAACUGUUUGUGUGUAAAUGCACAAUAUCCGUUACGGCGCUAUAGUUAUUACGAGCUUAAAAUUGAUUGAAAGUCGUUUAUUUUUUUUUCGCGUGUGUGUAAUAGCUGCAAACGUCCGUGAACGUGUAUAGUGCGGUUUUUAAGUAAACGCCUGUGGUUGCACCCUAGGAGAUUUCGACUCUGGUUUCGCCAGAGGUUUUCAUAAUAUAAUACGGUCCUCGCGCCACACAAAAAUGAAAAACCAAUUGUUGUUUUGUCGUUUAAAAUGACAACAUAAAUGGUAGGUACCAAUAAGUAUUACACUUAUUAUACGGCCUACGUCGUAGGUCAACGCGCGUGUUUGGUUUUACUUGUAAUUUUAGUAAACAAACUUUAUGGAAAUAUCCGACCGAAUAUAAAAACGAGUAGGAAGGGUACAUCCAUCUAGAAGAGACCAGCAUCAUAUUAUGCUAUUUUUAUAAGCAUUCGAAAUUUACGUUUUCACGAAAUCCUUCGUAAAUGACAUGUGAUUUGUAGUUGAAAAUCAGUAAAAUUUUCAAUUAAAAUUUCGAAAAUAAAAUAUAUUUUUAUUGACCGUGCACCUCCGCACUGGUAAUCGUUUUAUUUUUGUUUUCAAUGCGAUUUAUUUUCAGUUCGAUUUGUAAUGAAAUCAAAUAAUCGCCAAAUAACACAAUGAUAUUAUAUUUUAUGACUCCCAGCUUAAAUAUUUAAGUUGUACAGGGAGUGUUAAGGUUAGGUUAACCUUAUUUGUUAUAAUAAUACAAUUAAGCAUUAUAGUUUAUCUCACGUAGCAAAUAUUAUGGUGUUGGUGUAUCGCAUCGAGGAAAUAAACUACUGUAUUGUUUUUAGCUAGUUUAAAACUGACCUGUAAUAAAAAAAAUAAUAAAAUAUACUAGUGCGUAAAUCGCACCGCGUCUAUGUAAAAAGUUUAACGCGCAUUUAAAAAAAAAAAAAAAUUAACGUUGAAAAUGCACAAAACAUGCAUUUAAAGUCUCAACAAAUACAAUAUAAAAUUCACUUAAAACGGUUUUUAAUUUCAUUUUUAUAUAUAUGUUGUUGUUUCUGAUAUUACUGAUAAAUCACAAAUAACUAAUCUAAACAAUAUUGCAUUAUUUCAUCGAAUCCUUAUCUUUACCUAACCCGUAUACAGCUUGUGUAAAAUAUAAAUUCGACGUAAAUACAGCCUGUGUAAAAGAAAAAUAUGCGUGUAAAGAUUUUAAUCGACGGAAUUUGAUUAAAACUACCGGAAAAUAUUAUUUAAAAAGUCCAAAAAAUGACCUUAAAAAUUAAAAACGUCAAAAAAUGCAAAAUGAAAGUUUCAUAAAUUAAUUUGUUGUUACAUAAAUCAAAUUCUGUAUUUAGGAAGUUACGUUUUACAAUCGGAUAAAAAAAAAAAAAAAAUGCACUUUCCUACAAAGUCACAGCUCUAUAAUUAUAAUAUAUUCGUAUGCUUUAAUUUUUCUAAAAUGCAUCGGCGCUGCGUGUAUACGAAUUAUAAUAUUUUAAAACCGGGACGGUCGAAUUGCACUUUUUACCUAAAUCAAACGUCCGCACUGCGCUCCGGUAAAAAACGCACGCUAUACAAAUAAAAUAUAAAUACUGUAAUUUUAACGUUUGCCGCUAUCGAGAGUAUUAAUCGGUUUAUCCUGGACGGUAUAGCACUAAAAUAAUAAAAACCAAACCAUGGCCUCAACCAUGACGUUGAGAAUGGUCAGUGAAACUACCGAAAUUGAUGGUAUAAAUGAUUUCAACAAAUUAUAGGAAUACCUAUUUUAUGUAAAUAGUGCGCGUUUGUAUUAUGUGUGUUUCGGUACAAAUUAUUUAAUUUUAACUUGCCAUCGCGACCACUCGGACUCCUAAUUGACAAACCGUUACUUGAAUCCAAGUCCGUAACUGGGGUUAGAGGGGUUUCUCCAAUGGUGCACGUUUGAACGUAAACAAUAACGAGUGAACGGCAGUAAUUUUACCGACACUUAAUCGUAUGCAAGGGUACCGUUAUGAUAUAUCACUUGAAAGGUGAUUAAAUAAACUUGAAAAAUAAAUAAAUGGCGUGUGUUUUUGUUAAUCGGCGUUUUGAAAAAACGAGUUGAUCGUAGGAGAAGAAAACAAAUUGUGUUGAGGUUAUACAUUUUUACAAACAGAAACGGACAAUAGACUUCGUAUAAAAAUAAAAAAAAAAAAACUGUUACUAAAUGUUAUUUAAAAUCUAGUGCUACUCCCUCUCGCCUUAAUUACUGCUACCAUACGAUGCGUUCUUGAGGAAUGCUCGUCCGUUGCGCGACAACAGCAUCUUGAAAAUCGUUGAGGGUUGUUGGGGCAGGUUCGCGUGACCCGCACUCUUCGUUUUAAUCCAUCCCAUCGGGUGCUCGAUUGGGUUUAGGUCUGGACUUCUCGCUGGCCAGUAACAGGACAACAGGGAUCCCGACCUCUUCCGUACAAUUCCUUACAAUUAAUGCGGCUCGGGAACGAGCAUUGUCGUGCAUUAGUAUAGGCCCAUCGCCAACGAAAUCCGCAUAUGGUACCACGCGAUCCUCCAAGAUCUCUGUGAUGUAUCGAUGAGAAGUCAGCGAUCAUUGUCCCCGAGAACCACCGGUCCGGGAAACGCACACAAGCUCGGUCUUGCUAUCGAAUAUGGAAAUGCCGCCCCGGAACACGCAAGAGUCACCCCCCCCCCCCCNCCCCCCCCCAUACUCUGCCGUCUCCUCGUCCGAAAAGAGCACAGUCUUGCGUUGGCCGAGAGUCCGAUUGACGUGUUCACCGGCAAACUGUAACCGUGUUGUUCGCGGUGCUGUGCAGUCGGUUUCGGACCGGCAGCAGGUGUGCGGGCCACGAUUUUCCGUUCUCCUGACCGUAGAGAUGCGAGCUGCGUGCAGUUGCCGUCGCAGCUGUACGGCAUUGGAAAAUCGGUCGCGCGAAGACGCCGGGACAAUGCAACGAGAUCGUCUCUGUCCGUUGUGCAGCGCCGUCCGGGCCCGAUCCACGCCCCCGGAUAAAGCCACCGGUCGUCUCUUGAUAACGUUGGCAAACUCGUCGAACGGCAAAACGGCUCGAGUGUGGUUGCCACGCAACAUCACACCGACGCACCCCCGAUUCCGUUAACGAUUCCACCGCCAUCUUGCGCGGCUUCGUUAGCGGUAGCGUGUCCGUUCAAUGCGUUAUUUUUUGAAACAAUAUUGUUCAAACGGUAUUCACGCACGCCCCUUUCGGCGUUUAGGCAGCGAAUGGCCCGCGUUUGACACUUCCAACCGAUUUUUCCGUAGCCGGAGAAUACGAGAUUAGAUACGAGUAUAUUUAUACAUUUUCCCAAUGUGCCGCCGUAUACUCGGAAUAUGAUUAUCGUUUAUGAAAUGAAACCGCUGUCGGAUAAGAGGUCAUCAGCUGUACUUUCGACUGAUAUCAUUGUUGUUUCGCGUUCAAUGUUUUGGUCCGGGGAAACGCCCGUUUGUGACUUAAUUUUAGAGAUGCGCGGUUUUUGGUGACGCCAAGUGUAGUUGUGUACAUAACGUAUUUACACAAUCUGAUUUAUCCAACUUCGCUCGAGUCGCCUAAUAAUAGCGUACCGAUAUUUUCCGAUUAUUUAUAAAAAUUAAUUGAUCAAUACAGCAGUUUCGAAAAUUACCCGUCACCAAGACGGUUAUUGUGCAACGUAAGCCCAGUUCCUCGUCUAAGUAUCUUGGUUUUCGUAGAUAAAACUAUUAUGGCCGUCUUAAAGUUAUCCAGUGUGACCAGAAUCUGUCAUUUGAUUUUUACAGGAGCGGCGUUUUGACAAGUACCUGUUCAUUUUAUCCAGAAUAUAGUUUGUCAAAAUGUACGCUAAAAGUUUAAAACAGCCCUUGUGGCCACAUUGGACAACUUUGGGACGUUCAUUUUAAUUCUGUCUCGAAAAAAAUAAAACUAAAAUACGUGUGAUCAUUUUCGAACCCGGUUCACCAUGUAUUGUAACCGCAUUGGUCACCGGUAAUCUCCGAAACUGCUCUUGUUGGCGGUUAUACUUCGCCCGUGACCAAAAAAAUGCAAUUUCACAUAAUAUGUAAAAUGAUCUUCAGAUCCGCCACCGAUUAGAGAUAUAAUAAGGACGUGAUCGAGAUGAAGCAAUUACAGUUCACUCCCCACAUAGCAUUAGCAUUGACGCAUAGGUUACAUAUUUCGAGUUUUUUUUUUUUUGAUACAUAUUUGUUUAACUCGUUCGCAAUCCGUUUAAAAUAAUAAUAAUAAUUGUUUCAACAUUUGCAACUUGUGUGACAUUAUAUAGAAUUACAUAUUGGUAUUGAUUAUUUAAUGUAGUAGGUAGGACAGGUACCUCGGUAUAACAUAUUUUGCAGCGCUAUUACAAUAUACAGUUAUGUAAAUAAAACAUUAAUAUUACAAUAUGAACAAAAAAUAAAAACCGUGGCAUAAUAAUUAAUAAUAUGGCACGUUAAUCAUUUAUUAUAGUUCAUUAAUUUAUUGAUGUGUUACGUAGUAGAUAUGGAAAAAUAAAAAAAUAAACGGUUUUUUAACAUUCAGUAAUAUUUUAUUAUAAUUGUUAUGAUUAGGAAAUUUCGCUGUUAGCGGUACAAAUUUUUGUGUACGCGCGUGUGUACCUAAUUGGUACUAUUAUUAUAAUACGUGCAUUUUAAAAUACACGUGAUUCGGUACAGUACGUGGCGCGUUGUGCAGUUUUUUUUUUUUUUUUUUUCAGUUUCGAGUCACAAACGGUACCCAUUGGUAUACAUUGGCAAAGUGUACGGAUUCGAAUAAAUUACGCACUAUUUUGGCCGAUCAUUUAAUGUAUUGAAAUUAAAGUUAAAACUCGGGCUGGCGACAUUGAGUUAUUGAUACCGGUAUUUCGGUAAAUAUCGGUAUGAAACGGCAUACCGAUAUUUAGGUAUUUUCGGUUGUUCAUUACAAUAUUAAAGUUAUCGCGUUAAUUAACACUAAACAUUAUAUUAUAUUAAAAUUAAAAUCAAGCGACGGACCUUACUUUGUCCGUUUGUAAAUAAAAAAAUUAAAUUGAAUUCAUAAAUUAUAACGUAAACGCAUACACAGCUACGAUAUCAUAACAAAUAUCACUACAGUCCAUAACUUUAUAUUAUUUGAAAAAUGAACAGAUACAGGGACAAUCAAACCUGAUAAUCGUAUACACUUAAACGAUAACGAAUUAAAACUCGAUAAAAAUUAUUUCUCAAACCGUAAAUAAAUCUAUAAAUAAAUGUCGUAAAUAAAGAUUAUCUAUUCGGUUUAUUUAGUAAAUUGAAUAACAGAAACAACCCUAAAAUCAAUUGGUUUACCGCUAUACUUAUUUGUUCUCAGUUUACCAGUAUUUCAGUAUUGAGAGUAUAGUUUUUUUCAGUUUUUCUCACACUUCAGACUUUCUCCACAAAUUAAUGCAUAAUAGGGGAGAAGGGUAACACUUUUAUUAUGUAUUGCGUUAGUGGUUUUUUUUGGGGGCUUCAACUUUUAAUUAAGAACUUCUUUCCCCGUCAGUAUUACGCUCGAAUACCAUACGUAUUUUUACAUAAAAUACUGGGCUUUAAACAAUCUUACUGACUGCACAAAUUAAAUAACGUCAAUAAGACGUGUAAGGGGAAGAUUCGACCAUAUAUAGUGAUGAUGGAGCAGUGCUAUUCACGAGUGUUUUUUUUAAAUAACUAUAAUUGUUUAAACUAUAAAUUUUAAUACUUCAAAAAACACCGAUGAGAUUGUUUUCAAAAUUUGGUCGUUUAAAUGUCGUAUAAUAUUGAUGUUUUAUAUCUAAAACCAAUUGCCGUUUGUUUCACACGAUCACAUUUUUGCUAUACUGCCCGAAGCUUUAAAACAAAAACAGAUGCAGAGACGCAAAUGUCUCCGUGUGACGUCUUAAUAAAAUAGUAAGUAAUACGGUCCACGGUUCUUGACCUAUUUUUUUUAUAGGCGUUGUACAAUUAUGAUAAAUAAACGUACAAUAAUAAAUAUUAUGUUUUUACUUAUAAGUAGGCACAAUUUAUUAUUGUACCGCAUAGUGUAUACUCAUGUCCAUGUGUUAAUUUGGUUUUUAAUAAAUAUAUAUGAAAAAAUUGUUGUUUUUACACUUUUUCCUGCAGAUAUAAGAUAAACCGUUUGUUUAUUAUAAUUAGUUAGGUACUUAUAUACUUGUUAUCUAUUUUAUUUAACUUAGUUGUACCGCUUAUUAGUAUUUGUUUAUAUCGAUUUAAUAUCAAACUCGUUUUGUAUUUUCAUAAUAUAUAGUUAUUCGAUAAUACUUAAAUACUUUUACCCAACGAAAUAAUUAAAAAUGCCGUAAAUUAUGAAUGAUUAAUGGUACAAUCGUUUAGCAAAAUAUUUACUUACAAUAAAAUAACAUAAUUAUAGGUAUAAUUGACUGAAAUACGAAGUUCAAUUGAGAAAUACUUAAUACAUAAUAAUAUGUACCUACUAUAUUUUACGAUAAGAUUAUAUAUGUAGGUAAUAGUUAUUAUUCAAAUAUGUGUUAUGCACGUUGAGAAUAAUAUAUGAAUAACAAUAAUAAGUUUAGAGUAAAAAUGCGUGAAGCCGAGAAUGGCGAGAGCCGCCUCCAGCAUAAAGUGAAAUGAGAACAUAUUAUUAUGGUAUGAACCAUAUAUAAUAUGGACUAUCAAUAUUGAAUUCAAUUAUUAUACCGGUAUGAAAAAACAAAACCAAACGAUUUCGCACCUGCCAAUUUCAUAAUGUUGAAAUACAAAUUUCAAUUUAAGUAUGAUAUUCCAUGUUAGAUCGAACUACAAUGAACUAAUGAGUGUACGGUUUAUACUGUAACUAUAUAUUAUUAUAUAAUACACUUGAUAUCGAUGUGUAUAUUAUAUAGGAACAGAUGUAAUAAGUUAGGUCAAGUACAAUGAGUGAUUUUUAAAUACUUAUAUUAUUUUAAUGUUUUUUUUUUUUUAUUUUUUUAGGUGGCAAAAUACCGGGCGUUCGAUACCUACAGAGUUUUCUGUUGUUCCUAUGUCUCUUUUCGGCUUACUUGUUGCGCGUUAG